GUGUGUGAAGCAGAAAGAGCCAAUGAAGGACGAGGAGCAGCCGGCGUACUGGCAGGAGAUGGGCAGAUGGGCAGGCUACGAGGAGAGCUUCGACCCACAGGCAGGGGUGUGGGCCUCCUCACAGAUCUCCUACCUCACAUUCAGGAGCCUCAUCCAGCUGCGACGCACCAUGAACACUGUUGUGACCAUUUUCGACUGCGAGGAGAAGACUUUAGCUGCCAUUGCUGAGAAGAUGGUUGCUGAGAUGGUUACCAAGAAGGAGAUCAGAUCUGGAGACCAAGAGGGCGUGCUGAAAGCUCUGGUCCCAAACCGCAGUGGAUCGUCAGACCCAGAAAGCCAAAAGCUGACUGAUGGAGUGGACCUGCACAAAUUUUCAGUCAAGGAAAGAAAGGAUGAAAGUGAUCACGUCGAGGCUUCCAUGGUGCUCGUAGGAGCCUUGGAUUUCCUGGAGAAGCCCACAGUUGCGUUUGUGCGUCUGAAAGAAGCAGUGGCGCUCGACUCAGCGCUGGAGGCCCCGGUGCCCGUUCGCUUUGUGUUGGUUCUGAUUGGCCCCAGUAAGGCCGACAUGGACUACCAUGAGACAGGCCGAGCCAUGGCUUCUCUGAUGGCUGAUAAAGUGUUUAACCAGGCAGCAUUAGAAACAAAGAGCGCCAGAGAGCUGACGGACGCCUUGGUUGAAUUCAUCGACUGCAGCAUUGUCAUCCCACCCACAGAAAUCAAGAAUGAAGCCAUGCUGAGCUCCAUCAUCAACUUUCAGAAGAAGCUCCUGAAGGACAGACUGCAGUCUUCAGAGAUCAUGCCCCGCAGGAACUCCAAAACUCGUAGAGUUUCUAUUUCUAGCGGUUUUCCUGCUGAAGACCCUCUUUCUCGCACUGGUCGACCUUUCGGAGGCAUGAUUCGAGACAUCAAGAGGCGCAAGCAAUACUACAAGAGUGAUCUCACAGACGCUCUGAACCCGCAGGCUCUCGCGGCGAUCAUUUUCAUAUACUUUGCUGCUCUGUCGCCUGCCAUCACUUUUGGAGGCCUGCUGGCUGAUAAGGUAGACAACAUGAUGGGUGUAUCUGAGCUGCUGAUUUCCACCAGUGUCCAGGGGAUCAUCUUCUGUUUUGUCGCUGCUCAGCCCAUUCUUGUUAUUGGCUUCUCUGGUCCUCUCUUAGUGUUCGAGGAGGCAUUCUUUGCAUUCUGCAAGUCCCAGGACAUUGAAUACAUUGUGGGAAGGGUGUGGGUCGGGGUGUGGCUCGUCAUCAUUGUGGUGAUCAUUGUGGCCUUUGAAGGCAGCUUCCUGGUGCGUUACAUCUCACGCUUCACCCAGGAGAUCUUCUCGAUCCUCAUCUCCAUCAUCUUCAUUUAUGAAACGUUUGCCAAACUAAUAAAGACGUUUAAGGCCCAUCCACUGGUUCUGAAUUACGACCACCUGAACGAAACAGUUGAAAAUCCCUGGAACUCAAAGAUGGAAGAAAGCUUCAUCUACGACAACGUUACUGGCAACAUAACCAUUAUUUUCAACACUCUGAAACCAUCUUACCCAAACACAGCCCUGCUCUCCAUGUGCCUCAUGUUUGGCUGCUUCUUCAUUGCUUUCUUCCUGCGGCAAUUUAAAAAUGGGACAUUUCUUCCAGGGAAGGUCAGGCGCUUGCUUGGUGACUUUGGCGUACCUAUUGCUAUUUUCCUCAUGAUUGUGGCGGAUUACAACAUUGAGGAUACCUACACUCAGAAACUGGUUGUUCCCAAAGGGUUGAUGGUGUCCAACCCAGACAAGAGAGGUUGGCUUAUUAACCCUUUCGGAGAGCACAAGUCUUUCCCCGUGUGGUUGAUGUUUGCAUCCUGCAUCCCAGCCUUACUCGUCUUCAUCCUCAUCUUUCUGGAGUCUCAGAUCACAACGCUGAUCAUCAGCAAACCCGAGAGGAAGAUGGUCAAAGGUUCUGGGUUUCACUUUGACUUGCUGGUUUUAGUUGGAAUGGGAGGGCUCAGCGCCAUAUUUGGUGUGCCGUGGCUCAGUGCCACUACAGUGCGAUCAGUCACCCACGCCAACGCGCUCACAGUCAUGAGCAAAGGACCAAGACCCGUGAUAGAGAGAGUGCUGGAGCAGAGGGUCAGUGGAAUUGUGGUAGCUUUGCUUGUCGGUCUGUCAAUUCUUAUGGAGCCGAUCUUGAAGCUGAUUCCAAUGUCAGCCUUGUUCGGGAUCUUCCUCUACAUGGGAGUCACAUCUCUCAAUGGCAUCCAGCUGUGGGAUCGUAUGCUGCUGCUUCUCAUUCCUAAAAAGUACCACCCUGAUGAACCCUACGCCACCAGAGUGAGCACAGGACGGAUGCACUUGUUUACAGCGAUCCAGAUGGUAUGUCUUGGACUCUUAUGGGUGGUAAAAUCCAGCCCGGUAUCUUUGGCGCUUCCCUUCAUUCUCAUCCUCACCAUCCCUCUUCGCAUGUUGGUGACUGGGCGUCUCUUCACCGAGCUGGAGAUGAAAUGUUUGGAUGCUGACGACGCCAAAGUGACAUUUGAGGAGGAGCCUGGGCAGGAUGUGUACUGUGAAACUCAGAUGCCUCUAUAGACAUCUUCCACAACAGCUACUGCCACUAUAUGUAUUAUUUUAUUUUAUUUAAUUAAAACAUGUAUUUAUUCUAUUUUAUCCUCACAAACUUUUAAUUCCCCGAUGAGCACAAACAUAUUUAAGUGGUUUUAUAUAUUUAUUUUCAUUUCAUGACAAAUGCAGAGACAGUUUCCACCUGUUGGGAGUGAAAAGGGACAGUGAUAACAUCCUAAGCUGAUCAAGUUGGAAAACAUUUAAUUUAUGCAAGUCUGGAGAAAAAUAUUUUAUGUAUUAUUUUUUUACAAAAGACAAUUUAUUUGCAAAUGGGCUGUGUAAAG